CCUGUCCAGGGCCACCUUAAAAAGACACUUUGCUUCUCUUUUUGCCCGGCUGGUUUUUGGGAACCUCCUGACUCCUCUGCAAGGGAGGGGGAGCUGGGGCUGGGGGGGGGGGUCAGAGAAGACUGACCCUCCUGGCCUAGGCGGAGGACCAGCCGCAGACGGGCAUCCCCAUCUUCCCCACUGCACCUCUAGCCCUCGCUUCUCUUCACCUGCCCGAAGAUGCUCUGGGCGCCUGUGCUCUUGCAAGGAGUCUCCUUCGCUUGGGCGGCCAGCAAAGGUUCCCACUGGACCUAUGAAGGGGCCCACGGACAAGAGCGCUGGCAGGAGACGUACCCAGACUGUGGGUGGCAGGCGCAGUCCCCCAUCAACAUCCAGACGGAGUCGGUCCAGUAUGAGCCUUCCCUCCCUCCGGUGGAGCCCGAGGGAUACCGCAGCCCCGGAACCGAGAAACUGACCCUGAAAAACAACGGGCACACAGUGCAGCUGUCUCUGCCCCAGACGAUGCGCUUGCACGGCCUGCCCAGGGUCUACUCGGCUGUCCAGCUCCACUUCCACUGGGGUAGCCAGAGGCACACGGGGGGGUCGGAGCACCAGGUGGACGGCCGGGCCUUCCCCGCGGAGGUUCACAUUGUCCAUUUCAACUCGGAGAAGUACGCCAACCUGAGUGAGGCUAAAAACCAGGCCGAUGGGCUGGCCGUGCUGGGGAUCUUUCUGGAGGUUGGCGACUCCGAGAACCCCGCCUACAGCCACAUCCUUGACCACUUGAAAGACAUCAGGCAUGCAGAGCAGGAAAUCUCUCUCUCGCCUUUCAACAUCCGCGACCUCCUUCCGGCGCACCUGGGCCACUACUUCCGCUACAACGGCUCCUUGACCACCCCGCCCUGCUACCAGAGCGUGCUGUGGACCGUCUUCCACCUGCCUGCCCACAUCUCCGCUGCCCAGCUGGCGAAACUGCAGAAAUCUCUACACUCCACCAAAGAGGAGGAAACCCUGCAGUUGUCUCUCGUGGAUAACUUCCGGAGGCCACAAGACUUGAACCACCGCCCGGUCCUCUCUUCCUUCCCGGCAGCUCCUUCCGGAUAUUCUGCAGGGAAGAUCGUGGCCAUCAUUUUCGGGGUGUUCUUGGGCUGCCUCAGCCUCUUCCUUGCCGGCUGGAUCGCAGCAAAAAGAAUACGGGAGAAGACCCGGCAGGACCAGAAGGGCGUCGUCUUCAAAUCCUCAUCCCCGCGGCCCGUCACGGAUUGAGACCUCGGCUUCCCUCACCUCCGCGCGAGAAUCGUACAGACUUUCCGGCUGGGGUGGCCCAGGGAGCUGGAACUGCACCCAGCGAGGCAAAGCCGAUCUCUGCUGCCAGCUCUCCCUCCUUCCUUUCUUCGCAAAGAGGCAGACAACUUGGCUGGGGAGGGGGGUGGCAGCAAAGGCCCAGGGCGUGGGAGGAGCCGAACCCCAAAUGCUGCCUUGGGGGGGGGGGAAGAGACUGGUGGCUCCUUAGGCACAUCCCCCCCCCCCCCCCCUUCCCCUAAAAUGCAUGCUUGGGCUCCGUUCCCGGAAGGAUGCUACGAACCCGGUGGCCAUCUUGGGCCAGGUGCACAGCGAAGGUGGAGGAGAAGUCUGCCCGGUCGAAGUGGAACUCCAGCGUCUCCGCCAGCAUUGGCUACAACCAGCCCAGAGAAUUCUCAUUUCGUAAGCCUUGUAGUAUUCAGGUGGCCUUUCCCACACCAGGAAUUCUACAAUAA